GCGACCGAAACACACAAUUGGAAGCACACAUUCACACGCUGCGCUGGGCACUCUGGGACUAGAGAGCUGAGGAUGAAUGCUGUAAGGUCUGCGCGCCCGAGGGCUGCGAUGAACGCAGCAGUUGCCCGUCUCGCCACCAGCAGCCGAGGCAGGAAAAUUGUCCGAGAUCCCAGAAAGGCGAAGCAACGGCCACGGGCCUCGACUGCUCUCGAGGAAGUGCGAGAAGAAGAGCGCGCUCCAGCCGCACCGAAGUUCCAGCCCUUUCUUCAGCAGGACCCCGCACCGCAGACCUUCGGGAGCAGCAUGCUGCAGUCCAUGACGUGGGGUGUUGGCAUGGCUCUGGCAUUUACCGCCGUGGGCAUGAUGUUCCGGUGAAAGCGCCAGACCCUCGUCGAAGAGACCUGCACACAUCCAACUCUGUUGCUCUGUGGGCGUCAUCGGUUAGCACGGCACCUCCUCCAAGGCGCGAAGUGGCUGAUGUUUCGCCCGUGUGGUCCCAUAGAAGAAGGCCGCUCCCUGUGGUAAUCAGGCCAUCCAAGGUGUUCGAGGCGCAUCCAGUUCUCAUGGUUUGCACGCUCGCAGGAGUUUAUGUACCGGGUGGUUCUAUUAGAGGGGGGGGGGAUUGAGGGAUAACAAGGGAAGCGGACACAAACAGCGGGAGGGGAGGUCGCCUUGCUCGGGAAAGACGUGGUGUAACCCCUGCCCAUGGUUCUCGUUGCGUAGCCACGGCGACGCAGGAUGAGUAGUCGGGGAUGUCGCGUCCCCAUACAGGGCACGUUUCCUCACACUGUUUGUGAUUGGGCAAUCCAAGGUUCUCCAGGCGCAUCCAGUUAUGAUGUCCCAGCAGGAGCUUUCGCAAGCUCAGGUUCUAUCGGGGGCAGGGGGCUUCUGAGGGACAUGUAGGGAAUCGGGCGCAACACGCUCCAAGUAGGGUCGCCUCGCUCGGUAAAGGCGUGGUGUUAUGCUCCCCCAAGUCUCGUUGAGCAGAAGCGGCGGCGGCGCCCCAUGGCGAGUCGACAAAGGUUGUCUGGCGGCGAACGCUACGUUCGUUCGCGUUUGUGUACAUAUUUUGUCUGGCGCGAAUGGGUUUCCGAUUGAAGCUCUUGUAAGGUAUAGUAGUGCAUAGAAGAAUGGUGACUAGUUGGCAGUUUUUGAUUCGUCCGGGACGGAAAAGGAACUAAUCACUCACUCGAUCUCCCUCGACCACGGGGCAUGGUUGGACGUCCAUGCCGGAGAGGGAGCAAGGGAGAGAGAGGGAGAGAGA